UUCUGAAAAAGUGUACCAUUCGAAGACAAAUAAACGUACUCGGAACACGUUCGUACGUGCGCUGACGUAUUAGAAGAAGCGAUCACACAUUCGGAGAGUUCGAUCGAAGAUUCCAUCGCGAGUGCUCUUUACUGUAAUCGAACUCCUCGCUUCGAUUAUUUUUAGAAGGCCUCCUGUAGGACUCUGCGUCCCAUCAGGGUCCUUUCGUAACGGAACGAAACGAAACGGAAUUUUCCGUGGUGAUCCCAAGCAAGAUUCUACAAUAGGAAACGUCUACGAUACGAGAGCGGAGGACAUAUUUCUUCCUUCCGAUGAUGACGGAGUUCUUGCGAGACUAAAUUCGAGUCGACGAAGCACAAAGGCAAGAUCUGAUUCUCUUUAACGCUUAACGCGUGUUUGCCCAGUACUGGACAAUAGUCGUCGUCGGUAGGAAGCAGCGGGUUCAGCAUGCUGUCGCAGACAAAGCGAACGCGAACCAUUCGUGGAGAUGAAGAGAAAAAGAGUACGCGUAACCUAACGCCCCUGUGAGGACCAGGUUGAGGAAGCGCAUCGUGGCUGAAGGAGAAGGGUCUCAAAGCGCACGAGAAGGACGGCGAGGAGAGAGAGGAGAUCGGUAGCGGUUGGUUAUACCGGAUAACGGAGACAAGGAGGACCGCGUGGUUCGAGGGGUAGCGAACCCCUGAAGGACCCUAGCCGGUAGCGGUGACCUCCUCCCUCUUUUUCCCUGUCUCCCUGGUCUCUCUUCCUUCCAACCCUGUCCCCCCUCCACAAUACUCGUCAUCCCUGCCGCGACGGCAUCGGAGCACGAUCAUUGGUUCACCGGUUUCACGCAGACACGAGGAGGCACACGCAGCUGCCACUGGCUGUCUCUUGUUCUACAGCCGGACCCGAUCGGCCAGUCUGAAGGAGAAGCAGCGCGCGUUCAGUAGUUAGCAAGGUGUCCAUCAGGAAUACUCAGUGUUUCACAUUACGGUCGUGUGUUACACAUCGAUAGUUAUAUUUAUUUUUCAAAGUGUCACUAUCCUCGUGGAAAUUAGAACCGUCCGCGUUUCCGUUCUUCAGUCAGUUACAGAGGAAGACGUGACGGCAGCAGCAGCGAUUGCCCCUUGGUGUUCUCUCGUGACUACCACGAGUCGUAUAUACUGACAAGUUCGGUGAUUUUCGUGCUCUCUCGUCGACGAUCGUCGUUCAGCCACCGUCAUCCGUCGCCAUCUUGACGAUCCGCCCACCAAUCAACGUCACGAUCAAACAGCGCUGAUCGUCACGAACGGAGAAAGGUACGCGAGGCGACACCUUCCGCCGACAACGCGGACCCGUCUCUCGCACGUGUUGCGGAAAAAGACGUAUGCGGUACACACGCGUUUCCCCGAUCGUCGUCGUCGUGUUGCUGUUGCUCUUUCUUCAAUUUACAACUCCCACCCUCGUGCGGUGGACGGUCGAUUUAUAGGAGGCGCGCGACCGCGUGUGCGUGUGACGUUUUGAAUUUGAGUCGUGAGGAAGUGGAGGCGUCUGCUCGAAGGCCUACGCACACAUCGUUUUUUGGUACUCUGCCGUCCGUAUUCCCUUUCCCCCUCCAGCCUCCUCGUUGUCUACUCCUCUCUUUCGCUCUUUGAUAUUCGGUCCCCUUCUACGUCGCUAGCCACAGUUCGCAGGGCGUCGCACGCAGGGCGGUACCGAUGCCCUUUCGACCUCCCGCGGUCAUCUAGAGUACGCAAGAGUGCUUCCGUCGCGUGACCGUCUCACUCUUGUUUCUCACGUUCUACGAUAUCACGGCAGUGAUACGUUUACGCUUUAAGACUUUCCGCCUGCGACGCUCGUCCUUUAGGAAAGAGGCGAUUCUUCCUCUAUCGGGCCACACACGUGCAGUGUCUUAAAAAAAAGGAACAUCCGAAGGAUCCAACAGAAGCCGAUCGAACAAUUUGAACAUCGAACAUUUCCAUCUUUGCCGCGUUCGUCAGUGUUCGUGUGGAUCCAUGCACACCCACGUGCGUCUGUUUUGAGUAUCGAAGUGUCACCGAUUCCUGGCAAAGCAGCUCAGCCGGCAAAACGCAUCUAGUCACGCGUUUGCUACCAAAGUAAACGAAGUUCACGCCGUUAACGACGCUUCGUCGAUUAACUAUUGGAACAAUUUCAAGAAUCGUUCAUCAGGAAGAAGAGGAUUGGAUCGCAUCUGUUCGCACCGGAAGACUCUGGUUACCGACGCGUACAUCGAUCGCCAGAAACAAAGGAUCGCUGCAAAACGCCCACUUACGCUCUAAAGUGAAAGAAUAGUACUUCGUGUUGUUUCGUGAGUUAUGAGAGCAACGUUGGUGUUCUGGAAAUCAUGACAUUGUGAAGAUGGAUGUUGGACGACGAUAGAAUUUCCAACCUUAUCAUCGAGGAUGUCGUAGAGAGGUGUUAUCUCGUGUUAGUUGAGUGUGCGUGAAACACUGUUGUGCGCGAAACACUGUGUGUGCGUUAAUCAUUUUAUACGAAGGAGACAACGGAUUAAGAGGUUACAAUGCCGCAGUGCGCCGUGGCUACGUGCCGCAACAGUCAUCGUCAAACCCGCGGUCGUUGUAUCCGCUACCAUCGAUUCCCCCAGAUACCGGAAGUACGCUCACGAUGGGUGCGCGCGUGCGGUCGCGUGCCCCUCUCGAACGGCGAGAUACCGUUCAACAUACAAACUGCGCGUAUAUGCUCCCUCCACUUCACCAACGAUUCUUAUGAGAAGGAUAUGGAGCACCUUGUGCUUGGUCUUCCUGCGCGCAGUAGGUUGCGUCGUGGUGCUGUACCGACGAUCGGCGUGCCGGUGAACGUGCAGCCGGUCACCAAGAUGCUGGUCGAGGACGCGAAGCGCUCCCUCCUCAAGGUCACCCAUGCUAAAAUGCUAAAUGGUCAGAAAGUGAUCGGCAAGAAUGGUCUGUCUGACAGUAAGCAGCAGCAGCAUCAGCCGGCCACGGAAAGGCGGCAGCAGCAGCACCAUCACCAACACCAACAACGUGCGAAGAGUGGCAAUCAAGUGAACCAAGAGCAAAAGAUGGCGGGCAUCGACGUACUGCUUGCCCUCGGACUCAAACCCGCGCCACGUUUGAACAAGAUGCACGCAAUGGAAGGUGCGGCUGGUAAUGGGAAGAAGGUGGAUUCUGCUGAGAAGACGAGGGACGACGAAUCGUCCAGGUCUUCGCCAAAAGUUCCUCAAAGUCAGCAGAAUGGAGCGGCUCUUCCAGAAGAAACUGCCGCCGCUCCAACCACCAUCGAAUGCCUUCGAUCCACGACGAUAAAAAAGGAACCUCUCUGUGAUUCAGAACCGGAAGUAGCAGGCAAAAGCCUGUCCUCGGCGGAGACGACGCAACAGAAACCCGCAGUUUCCCGUUGCACGAAAUCGGAAACGGAAGGUAGCAGGAAGAGAAAGUCUACAGAUGGGCAGUUGUCGUCAAAUGGGAAUUCUACUCCGAAGAAGUUCUGUAUUGAACAGAGAGAACAAUAUAUCUCAUCUCUCGUUGGCUGUGAAAAAGUUACCGCGGAAGAACUUGCUGCGAGGGCUGAUCAACUUCGAGCCGAAGUUCAGGCCCUAGACGAGUUAGCACGUGCCAAAGAAAUGGAAUGGAACGAGAUUUUGAGCAUGAGAAAGUUAAAGGAGGAAGCGUACCUGAGAAUUGAGAGAAGAAGACAAGUUAUGGGAUUUAUGGAGGGCAAUGGACAAUUAGCGGACACAUUGCCACCAGCUAGUUUAGCGCUGGGUCCUGAAUGGGAAAGUAGCGGUAAUACUACUCCGGUAUCCAAAGAAAAAUUGAGUUUCGGUUCUAAGGAAGAUCUGCCUGAAGAAAGUUCUCAAGAUUCGCCAGCUUUCAAAAGAGAAAAGGGCUCGAAACAAGCGUCGCAACGCCAAUCGACACCACCCAAACAAAGUGGAGAAAAUGGCCGGAAACAGGCAGAAGCGCUUAGUCCGGAGAAUAGACAAAUCGGCGAAGGUCGACAAGGUGCCAUUGUCGACGUUAGAUCUAUCAUUGCUGAUUACAGACUCAGGCAUCCUGAAACGGUACCGCGCAGAGGUCGAAGAAUGAGAAAUUCGGUGAAUGUUGGCCUUGGAGCUGGUGGAGCUAUGGUCGAAACGGGUCACAAUGUUGAUUCAAGGCCUUCUAGUACAGACUCUUGUAAAAGCAACUCAAACACAGUUGAUCCAAAUAGUGCUAUGAGCUUUAAGGAUGUGCUUGUGCAGUUUGCCAAAUUAAGUCAACAACAAGGUGAACCUGUAAAAACUCCUCAAAAUUAUCCGGAUGUGACGCUUCACCCCGUCGCUCCAUCUCCAGCACCACAAAAUACUUCACCUCAACAGAGUGGUUCAUUACUUCAUGGAAUUCUCACGAAAUCACAAUCUCCAAGACCUACUACUUUUUCACCUACUUUAGCUAGAUUACUCACCGCACCUGAAAGAGAAAGGAAUGCACCAACAACCGCGUCCAUGCCACAGCAAAGUGCGGCAACCCAGCACCUUUUGCAGUCAUAUCAAGGCUCUAAUCCGGUUUCUAUCAGUGAGCUCCUAUCUUCUUCCAAGGCUCGAACUGAAAUAACGAUAACACCAGUGAUCAACACUCCGGUUCAGUCUCAUGUGGACGAUGUUGAGGAAGAGUCAGCAGUAAUCGAAGAUAGAGAGACUCGUAUUUCUUCGGGUGGCAGGGAUGCUAGAGAGGAUAGAGAUAGUCCCCCACGAUGUCAAGGAUGUCAUGAACGUGUAGCACAGUUCGUAUGUGCUGGCUGCGGUCAUCAGUGGUAUUGUAGUCGUGAAUGCCAAGUUGCUGCGUGGGACGAGCAUUCGGAAGUGUGUUCUGGUUAAGGGAUGAGCACAUAUAAUAUUAAUCUAAACCUUCCGUUUAUUCGUGGUAUCAGAUUACAUACCCUUUUAACUAAGAAUGAAUCUAGUCAAAACAAAAAUAGGCGAGAGCGUAACACGUUUUGAGUACGAUAAGAGGAAUGGAGAAACAAUGAGAAAGCAUUAUAUAUUUUUAAGGACCUUAAAACAUGUUUAAUCUGUAAAAAAUAAGUUUUAUUUCUUUAAAGAGAAGAAAAGGAGUCGCCAUGAUAACGGCGCUUUUCACGAAAGAUGAGUAUUUACAAGAAUGAAAGCAUAAGACUUUGGGCACCUUGACAAAGAAAAAUUAGGAAUCAAGUUGUGACGAUCGUUGCUUCACUGUAAUCACCGCGUUGCUUUUAUUCGUUGUCAGUUCCGAACGAUCGUGAUAUCUUCACGGAAACAAAUAGAGAGUAUUAACCCUGCUAAAUUAAGCAUUUAACGUGUAUCUUUCAAAGGACAAACUGUUCGUGGAAUUCCUAACGUAAUAGGAGUUCAUGUUGGGUAUAAACAUUCGUAACAACUUCGUAUAUCAGAUACUUUUUUUAGAACUUAAUCAAUGCAUGACGUACAAUGUACGCUAGUCGAAAAUUUUCAACUUUUUCCAAACAAAAAAAAAGAGAUGAUACCAGAACUAGCUGGUAUGUGUUCUUGUAACGAGAAAGAAAGCACAAAACUGUAUCUCGUGAUGCUGUACAUAAUUUUAUACGUGUUAGCAGGGUUGUUUAGCGUAAAAUUUUAAAAGGUUGGUUAACCGUGUGCCAUGCGUAAGAUUCGUUUCAUGGUCAGCUUUAUAUGUUAAACAAAUUUAAGUUGUAGACUAUUCGAGUGUUUUUAUAAUUUCAUCAUUUUUGCUUCGUUUCUCUAUUUUCCUUUCCUUUUUCGUUUCCUUUUUUAACUACGUCCUAUUCUUUUACAUUAAAAUAAUAUCGCAUUUGAUGAUAAAAAUGCAAAGUAUACACGGACGUUUUAGCUUUCAUGUAUUUUUCGACGUUCAUUUGAGAAACAGCACGUACAAUGCGUACUGAAUAUUAUAUUUUAUAUCACGUUUGUUACCAACGUAUAAAUUUAGAUUUAAUGAAGUGUUAGUCUUAGUGUAGAUUUAAGAUACUUCUUUUUUCUUUUUGCAACUUGUUCGUUGGUAACAUAUUUGACAUGUCUUGAGUUCAUUUUUUUCUCCUUCUUUUUUUUUUAAUCAGCAUGUUACCUAAACGACAAUUGCCCUAGACAUAAUCUGUAGUCCAAAGUUCCUACAGGUACACGUAACUUUAUAUAUAUUUUUCCCAAUUAUAAAGCAACCAAAAUAAAGUUUUUAAUCAUA